AUGGUACUGCUAAGGACUGCACACCACUCGAGAACGUCACGCUCGGCCGGAGUGCUAGAAUGGGCUUCAACACAACUGAGGUUCUGUCACUCUCUGUGUCGUCAAACCUUCUUGUUGCUGCUGCUCUUCUUCCCAGAUGGGCUGGCUGCUCUUCCUCUUGACGCUCAUAACUUGAAACCAGCCCUGCCUCCAAUUGUAAAAGACAAACCUUUCCUAGUGACUUGGAAUGCACCAACGGCUCGCUGUUCAGCUGCCUACAAUGUCCCUCUCCACUUGGACUCCUACGGCAUCCUGGUGAAUUCCCAGGAAGCCUUUGUGGGUGGGAACAUUACCAUCUUCUACUAUGAUCAACUAGGCUUAUAUCCGUAUUAUGUGAACACGACGGUGCCACCCACUGCUGUUCAUGGUGGCUGCCCCCAGAACGUCAGCUUGAAAGACCACCUGGAGAAGAUGAGAAAGGACAUUGCUAUGGCCAUGCCCUCACACUCUUUUGCAGGUCUCGCUGUGAUUGACUGGGAGAACUGGAGGCCUCAGUGGAUUCGGAACUGGGAUAAAAAAAAUAUCUACCGGGACAUGUCCCUCCUCCUGGUCAAGCAAAGAAACCCCCAUUUAUCUGAUUAUGAAGCUGAGCUGGAGGCCAAAUGGGAAUUUGAGGCAGCUGCCCAGAAUUUUAUGACAGAUACUCUCCGCUUAGCUCAGUCUCUGCGACCCAAUGGCUGGUGGGGCUACUACCUCUUUCCUGACUGUUAUAACUAUGAUUACUUGGAUGAUUUUGAGGGCUUCACAGGGCAAUGUCCCCCAGUGGAAGUGCAACGCAAUAAUGAGCUAUCUUGGCUCUGGGAGAACAGCAGGGCCCUCUACCCGUCCAUCUACAUGGAAGAGAUGCUGAGAACUUCCCUGCAAGGGAAGAGGUUUGUGCGAGCCAAAGUGGGCGAGGCCUUGAGAGUGGCUGAGUUGUCCUCUGCUCAACACUCCCUCCCUGUUUUUGUGUAUGCCAGGCCAUUCUACACCUAUACCCUGAAGGAGCUGAGCCAGACAGACUUGGUGUACACAAUAGGGCAGGCUGCAGCCAUGGGUGCUCAUGGCCUUGUGCUCUGGGGAGACGCAGAAUAUUCUCGGAACCAGACCAAUUGCUUAAAGGUUCACAAGUAUCUGACAAGCACUUUAGGCCCAUAUAUUGUCAACGUGACUAGGGCAACUGAGCUCUGCAGCCGUCAUAUCUGCAAUAAUCAUGGCCGCUGCAUUCGUCGGAGAAUGGACUCUGAUGCUUAUUUACACCUCGAUCCUAAUCCUACGGAUGGCAUCUCCACUCUUGAGUUGGCAAAUAGGACUUUAAGCCAACAGCAAAAGGUCAAGAUGGAACAGGAAUUCGCCUGUCAUUGCUACAAGGGAUGGAGUGGCAAAAGGUGCCUUUUCAAGGGGCACAGUGUGCGAUUGUGGGCAGACAGUUGGUGCAUUUACAGCACAGUUUUGUCUGUACUUUGGGUAAGGUAUUUAUGA